GCUAGCGUUUUAAAUCGCGUUUUCAUUAGACGCCAUGCGAAAACAUUGUCUGCGAUAAACAAAAAAUAAAUUUAUUUAAAAUAAUGUCUGGCAUACAAGAACGCUUACAACUGAGCCGUACUCCUCUGGAUACGUGGUCGAAACGGGAGCAACUGUGCCUGGCAUCGGCUGUAUCCUGCAGCGGGGAUCAGAAUUGGAUUUCUGUAAGCCGCACAUUGAAAACAGUUUGCGGCAACAAUGGCAACAACAACAACAGACCGGCAGAUUGGUAUUCCCAAAAGAAUUGUGCCGUCCAAUAUGGUCAUAUGCUGGAAAGUGUGGAGACAACCAAACGAAAGAAACGUAGCAGUGAGAGUAGCGUUUCUUCCCCGGCAACGGUGGAACCCCCAACUGAACUAUUAUUGCGCCGACUGACCGAGGAAAGAUUGCAAGAAAUUAAAGCACAAAUGCGAAGUGACCAGGAAAUGUAUCGCAAGAUCCAAUUGGAGAUUGAAACCUUGCAGUCUGAUGAAAUGAAUGAGCAAGAACUGCAGACAAUGUGGCAGGAGAUUGAGAAGACACAGGAAGCCAAACGCAUAGAAGAAAUGACCAUGGAAAAUCGCUUAAGAGAGCGCGAACAGAGAAAAAAGGAGUUGGCGUUAAAUUGGAGGCAAAGUAAGCGAAGUACUCCAACCACACCUGAUACCAAUACGACAUCGGUGGACAUGGAAGUGGAGCAACAGCCACCUUCAACCCCAGCGGCUCCUUCCCCUUUACUUACAUCCUUGCUAAGUACCACGUCAGCUGGUGCUACCUCCUCCUCCACUACGGCGCCUGCAAAUGUGAGUGUGGCAAGAACCACGGCUCCUACAAUUACGUCCCUACUGACCAGUGGACCUACAUCCAUACCCAAUCAACCGGCCAUUAAGGGAGAUCCGGCGUUAAUGGCCAGACCCAUUAGUGGACCUCCUGGUAGUGAAUCUCUAACGCCUAGCACGCCCACCACUCCUGGCAAGAGUCCCUCUCAGGCUGCUCCUACACUGUCCAUGUUAUUGGAGCAGAGAAACAAAAACGCCACCGCCGCGAAGGGAACUAAUGAUGCAAAAACUUCGAUGGGGGAUUCAGUCAUCUUGGAGACGGCUCCGCCAGCGCCUGCUACUGCUGCUUCGCCAGCUGUUCCUGCCGAUGCUGGUGGCGAUGAAACCGAUCCCAAUGAUGAGCAACUUUUGGAAGUGUUUCAGAACAUUAUGAUGAAUGACAUAGAUAUAGCCAUGGCCAGUGCCAUCGAAGAUGAAAUUCUCAAGAAUGUGGAAGAUGUCGAUGUCGCCUCCCCAACCAACAAUACAAAAGCCGACGAGGUUAUCGAUUUCGAGGAUAAAUUGGAUGCCCUUAAACGGGAGCAGACAAAUCCAGUCAAGAAAUUGGAGGAGGUGAAGCCUGUUGAGGUUGUCAUAGGAUCGAGUGAUGAAUCAAACGACAAUGUACCAUUGGCUUCAGUUGCCACACACAGCAGCGAGAGUAAAGAUCGAGAUCAAGCAAUUGGCGAAGCCAAAGCGAAGGAAUCCAUCGAUUCCACAACGGAACCUUUAAUUAGUGAAGUUGGAGUGGAGGAAAUAAAUGAGACAAUCACAUUGAUAAGCAGUUCUAGUGAAGACACAACAGAUGUGCCAACUGCCCCUACAGAACCUGUUACAGAAGAUAUAACGGAAUCAAAAAAUGGAGAAGAAAGUGAUCAGAUAGAGAAAGAAAAAGCUGGGGGAGAAUCUCCUGAAACUGGGACAACGAUUGUAGGAACAGAAGGCGCCAUCGAAGAGGAAGCCGCCAGACAGGACACUCCACAGCCACCAGCAGAGGUGACGAAGUUGUCGGAGGACAAAAUAACUUCAGGGACGGAUGAAGAAUCAUCCGCAUUAACAGAUGGCAGUAAACCAGAUGCCAAGCCAAAUAAGCAGCCAACCAUCAAUAAAUCCUUCAGCUUAGAAGAACAAUCCAAAGCCGAUGUGGUGGAUACCAAUCCACCUCAGCCCCCGUCCGCGCCGGCUGCACGUGCUCCAUUGCUGCGAAAGCUACCACAUCGUGAUCGUUCUGAGAGCCCAAUGGUCGAUGAUGAUACCACAACAGCCAGUGAUCAUUCCACUGCCCGCUCUAGUACACGACGUCGUUGCUCCUCUACUCCCGUAAUUGACAGCAUACCAAAUUCACCAGCCUCCAGUGAACACAAUCCCCACGACGAUCGCCGUGAGACAAGGGCGGCAUCGAGGAAACUUUUUCAAACGAUUUGCUCCACCCUGUUUGAGAGCAAACAUUCAUCGCCUUUUCGUCGUCCUUUUCACGAUGAGCAUGCCCAGCGCUAUGCCGAGCUGUGCCUACGCCCAAUGGACUUGCCCAGUAUUAAGCGGAACAUUGAAUCGGGCGUGAUUCGCAAUAUUAAUGAGUUGCAUCGCGAUGUCCUACUGAUGACCCAGAAUGUGCUGGUGGCCUAUAAACCGCACACGACCCAGCAUAAGACGGCGCUUCUCUUUUGGAAAGACUGCCAGGCGAUCAAGGAAUUUGCUGCCCAGCAAAUUGAAAUAUUGGCGACGACUCCUGCACCGAAUAGUGUGAGCAGUUCCAGUUCCUCCAAUACGACAGCAACCAGCUCUAGUUCCAACAGUAGCAAAACGGAUAAGGACAAAGAGAAAUCGAGUGCCAAUAAGGCAAGAAGCGGUUCCCGCAAGAGCCAGAGACAUCAUUAAUUCCACUCAAGAAUCAAAUAAACAUAUAUACAAAUAUAUUAAGGAAAGCACAUAUAAUUUAUUUCUUUGGACUAAUCGAAAAAUAUUAAAUUUUGUAAGCGUCGCGAUCUAGAGGAAUGGCACACAGCACGUCGUCGCGGGCAAUAGAAUCUUCUCAAGCAACGAGAUAGCUGCAGAUCGCACUGACACAGACGAGCCGCACAGGACUCCGGUCCGCCCCAUUCGCCAUGAUCGAUGGCACAGAGAGGUUUGCCGCGAUAACAUUUCCACACGUAUGGCACAAAGUAUUCCAAAUAAGAGAUGCAAUUGCUCUGGCCAUAGCACUUGUCGUGCAGCCGACAACACCGAUCAAUGCCAUCAGUUGGCACGCCCUGGCCCCCAAACCCACAAUAGCAACCAUAACCUUUGAAGAUCAAUGGAUCACAGCUUGUCGAGCAUUUGAUCAUGGAAUACAGACGAGUGACAUCUCGUUUACCCCGCUUACUAGCCUCCAUUUGCUGCUGUCGUUCUUCUAGGCUGGCAUUAUUGAAUUUCCACUUCAUUGAAUAGCCAAAUGGAUCAUUCACUCUGGCUAUAUAAACAUUCUUCUCAUCCAUCAGAUCCUCCAACUGGGCCUGCUGGCCAUUGUUGGCGCUUAUAACUCGUAUAUCCGUGACACGUCCAUCGAAAUGUUGAUUCUUCAAAUCCAAAAGUAUCUGAUCACGGGGAUAAGUAUUUUGCCAUUCAAUCGAUUGAUGUUUAUCCCUAGAAAGAGAUACUCACUUGUGACCCUCUUCGAGCCAAGGUUGUGGUCGUGUUAGUUCACCCGUCCAACCUUCCAGACCAAUUUGCUGCCAUUGUCCUUGUGGGGCAGUCACUAGACUGGUCUUUACAUUCGUCUCUGGCAACGGAGGUGCUGGAGAUUCCACAACCGAUGGAAUUUCUGUUACAUUUGGAAAUAUUGGUUCCGUAAAAUCGGAACGUUUCAUAGCUAAAAUCUCAAAGCCAUCAUCCUCUGGCAGUUGGCUGGGCAUUCUGAAGACAAAGGUUGGAUUCGCAUUGCUCAUUAUAAAUGGACCAUACAUUUCCGGUAUAAUAUGAUCCACCAGCUCACUGUCGUUGGUGAUGCCCUUGAAGGCCUUGCGAAUGUCUUCUAUAACCGUAACAUUUGGCGUAACAAUCGAAGAGCGAAGGAGCAGCAGCAGCAGCAGCGGUAUGAAUAUUUGCAACAUUUGGCCAGGAAGCGGGUUUUUGGCAAUGCAGUGGAAAGAAAGGAAAGGAAAAUAGUAACAAAACAAAACUCAACCGCACAAGACGAGCUUCGAGCCGAAAUUGAAGCUGAUCAGGCGAAAUGCGGUAGUUGGUCAGUGUACACGAAAAGCAAAGUGAAGUUUAAAUUGCUCAAAAUCGUGUUAAUAGCAAAAAGAAACAACAACAAUAACCAAAGCAAGACCAGUAGUAACAAUGAGCCGGCAGCAGCAGCGUCAACGUCGCUGCCGACGACGACGGAUUUGGUGCACAAACUCAAAGACCCAACAUAUUGGUGAGGCUAUUAAUACCCCCAAACAGACGACAACAACGAUGAAGUGGCACAAAGACGUUUGAUGGGUCAGUUACCCAAAUUGAAAAACGCCGAGCGAGUUAAGGCGAAGGUUAGCCAUGUUUUAUUUAUGUUUUUUUGUUUCUUAUUUACAAUUAUUAUUAUAUUGUAUAUUUAUUUUGGCAUGACUUGGCAGCUUUCCUUCACAACUCACUUGGAGAGCUGCGAAAUUGUGUGCAAAACAAAACGUAGUAAUUGAAAUAAAAGUACAACAAAUGUGUGUUAAACUCGUAUUGCACAUGUAAUUAA